UUUAAAAUAUCUAAUAUGAUAUUUGUUUCUCUAGAAAGAGGCUGCUUUUGUAUUCCUACAUUACUUUGUGUUCUAAAAGAGAUUAUUGAAGCUUCUUUGACUCAAAACAUUGAUACGGAUGAAGAAUUGGCAACAUUUCUCCAUGCUGUUCAGGCUCUGUUCCAGAAAAUUUUAGAAAGUGUGGCACGCAGACUCAGAAAACAGCGGGAAGAAGGGCUUCAGUUGAUUCAUUCUAUUCAAAUGCCUCUUGGAGAAUUUAUACACACAGUCCAGUGCUGGUGUUCAUCUUGUCCAGCAGUUCACCAUGGUGUACUCUCUACUCUCCUAGCUGCAGUAGUGGUCGAGAUAAGUCACACACUGCGAAAGGCUUCAAAUGCAGAAGAACUUGCACCACCAGAGUCCAUUGCAGACCUUCCUCCACUUUCAGGCAGUUUAAUGGCAAUGAUAAUUAAGUCAAUAAAUGUGGUCAGGUCAUUUUUAAAUGAAUUAAUGGAAUGCAUUGUCUGUGAAGAAAUUGAAGGAAUUGUUAGUCUUACAGCUGCUGCGUACAUAGUUGUUAUAAUCAAAGGUAAGCACAAAGCUUCACUUGUUAAGGAUAUUGCACAUGCCCUUCAAAAGAAGCUGAUGACAUGCAGAGAAGUUGACGUGGAAGAAUCUAGCAGCAUUGAAAGAACCCUAUAUGAAUCAUCUGUGAAAAUUUUGGAGGACAUCUUGAAUCCUUGACUGUACCGCUGCCUUCAAGUCAUGAAAAGUAGAAAGAAGGAAGAUGUAUUGUUUUUUAUAAAGCCAAGCAAUAUGUUACCUUAAACAUAUUUAAUAUAAUAGUGAAUUGUUGGAAUGCUUGUAUUAUGCUAGCUUAUACUUUGUACGUACGUACAUACAUUGAAAGUCUUAGCAAGAAAAUGAAUAACUUUUAAAAACAAAUCAGUUUUAUAUUCCUUUCAUAUUUAAAACAAUUGUGCAGAAACUUUUUUUAAAGUAUGCAGAAAUAUUUUGUAUAUACAUAGAUAAUGUAUUAUUAAAGAUUUUGGAACGGCUAUGAGGAGGGGCUUGUAGGUAUAUUCCAAGUAUUUCGUGUGAAAUAAAAUCAGUACCUUUUUAUAUAUUUUUAAAAAGAGAAUUAAUAAAAUGACUGAACUAUC